AUGUCAAACAAGCCCGAGCGAGUGGCUGUCAUCACGGGUGGAUCUCGAGGCAUGGGUCUCGCAGUCGCCCAGGCUCUAGAAGCAAGAGGCGGAUGGAAGAUCAACUUAAUCGACAUCAAAGAUGACGAAGGCAGACAGGCUGCAGAUUCGCUUUCAAACACAACCUACCACAGAGCUAAUCUGCUCAACUACGACGAGGUCACAGCCGCAUUCAAGACCGCCUUCACUGCCGGCAACAACAGGUUGGACUUCGUGUUCGCGAACGCCGGGGUCAUCGAGACUUCCAACUUAUUUACGAAGCACGACAGUCUCGACGGUCCUCCACCGCCGGACUUGACCGCGGUCGAAGUCAAUCUGAAAAGCUGCAUAAAUGCGGUCCACGUGGGACGUCAUUACAUCAAUCUGUCGCCUGCCAAAGGCUCUAUCGUGAUCAAUGCCAGCUGCUCAAGCUUUUGGCCAACAUACUGGGCCCCAAUUUACACGGCAUCAAAAUUCGGGGUCCUGGGAUUCAUGCGUUGUGUCGCGGAUUGCUACAAGACCGAGGGAAUUCGCGUCAACGCUCUUUGCCCGGGGGCAGUGAGGACGCCUAUUGUCUCAGAUAAGGCUUGGGAGGCGAUGCCGGAGGAUGUCUUCACCCCGCUGGAGCUCAUCGCCGAGACCGUGCUGAAGCUGGCUGGCGGGAACGAGAUUGUCGACGCCAACGGUACCAGAGCUGGACCCGGUGAGCUCUAUGGGAAGGCCGUGGUGGCAAGCGGCAAGAACAUCUACAUUCAGCCCGAUACUCCGUACUGCGACGAUGUUUUGGCGCGGACAAUUGAGAAAAUCAACUCAGGCCUGGGCCGACACAUCUCAGAGCUCACCAAGGAGCAGAUUCACAAUUUUGAGACGUCGCUUUUCAUAGUCAUCCAGUUCUACAGCGUGGGCCUCAAUAUUGUCAAGAUUUCAUUUUUAAUUCAGUUCUACCGCAUCUUUCCCGACCGACGAAUCCGACAAAUAUGCGUCUACUUCGCUUUCUUCUCCUUUCUGUGGAUGAUUGGGCAGAAUAUUCUCUACGCUCUCAGUUGCGUUCCAACGACUGGCGUGGUGAAUAAUCCACACCUGAAAGACAUCUGCGUUCCGACGCUUCCAGUCUGGACCGCUAUUUCAAGUAUCAACGUCUGUACGGACCUGAUCAUUUUCUCAAUCCCCAUGCGGCCGCUCUGGGUUAUGCCCUUGCUCCAGCGGCAGAGAUACCUGCUCAUCGGCAUUUUCUGCUUCGGCUUCGUCGUGGUCAUCAUCUCGAUCGUACGGAUCCCGACACUGCGCCACGGCGCCUCAUCGCCGGACCCGACAUUCACCAACGUCCAAACCGCGCUGUGGUCCCUCGCGGAAUUGGAAACCGCCAUCCUAUGCACCAGCCUGCCAAUUCUGCGGCCGCUUGUGGCGCGCUUCAUGCGAGGGGUCGCCCCACCAGACGCGGCGGAUGGCCAGAUGAAAGGCCCGCAUGGACAAGGCCAGAACGUCGAGGAGGUCCGGCGCGGCCCCAGGCAGCUACCAGGGGAAUCUCUGUUGAUACCUACCGAGAUGACCGGCUCAACGCUGAAAUCCGCGACGCAACAGUUCAAGUCCAAGACCAGCACAAUUGACGAGGAGGAGGUUUGUCCUCCACCAUUGCCCUCAAACGACCUGAGCAAAUGGCCACCCAGAGUAUCCGAGCGUGAAGAGCGGCUCAUCCCUAGCCCGCUGGGGUCAAAUCCUCCUGAUUCCAUCAAAGAUGUCGUUUUGCGCUCUUCGAUUGGGCCCUUACGCUCACCCACGUACGACGAGAUGCUGCCGCCUCACUUCCUGGAGAACGGGGCGCCCAUACGCAAAGCCAAGAUGGCCACGAGAGGUACGCAGACCUUCAUCACGUGGGAUCCGCUCGUGGAUCCAUUCCAAGUGCCAGAAGCGAUUGAGCCACCGGGUCCCAAGGAGAUAGACCUCGAAGCAAACAGAGCCGCGAGAGAAUCCGGAGACCCGGAGCGUGGCGAGUCGGUCGACUCGAGGUAA